GCUAUCUAAUUGGAAUGGCUAGGGCUGGAUCUCUUAGUUUUCACAAUCCUCACAACAAUUGCAUCUUGAAGUGCACUUAGUCUUUCUCUUUUGACAUUCACAAUAGCGUUUGGAACAACUAUGUAAUGAUAUUAAAUAAGAUCACUUUUGUUUUCUACAAUUACAACCAUUAAACUCUAUAGAAGACAUUUUGGGAGGUGCAGAUUUGGGUGAUUUGUUUGAACAAUUAUAACAUUCACAAUUUGAUUUACAUUCCUAAUUAUUGGCACUACAGACACAAUAGUUUUGAAUGCAUUUAGAUUUACGACACUUACAAUAAAUAUUAUUAGAAGUUCUAGAGACUUAUAAUAUUUCAUGGUCAUUUGUUUUGA